UUCUGCGGCAGAGGGACUAGACCGGAGGAGAAAGGAGACUACGGGCAACCCAGGAUGGCUGAGGUCGGCUUCCUUCUCUGAUCACACAGCUAGGUUCUGUGCAGAAGUCAUAAUGACGUGGUGAAGCUGAAGACGGGACCUGGGAACCUUCCGUCUGCUCAAUUUUGGGUAAUCCAGCGAAUUCUCCGGCGUUCCACUUUUCCCACCAUGGCUAAAAGUGCAGAAGUGAAACUGGCGAUCUUUGGUCGAGCCGGCGUGGGGAAGUCAGCUCUCGUCGUGCGCUUCCUGACCAAACGGUUCAUCUGGGAGUAUGACCCCACUCUAGAGUCUACCUAUCGUCAUCAGGCAACUAUUGAUGAUGAAGUUGUUUCCAUGGAGAUACUAGACACAGCUGGUCAGUGCUCCGCUUGCACAGGUGAAGGCAACAUCAUGGAGGCCUUCUAUGAGCUUUGCCGUGAGGUACGGCGUCGUAAGAUGGUCCAGGGCAAGACUCGGAGACGGAGCUCCACCACCCACGUCAAGCAGGCGAUUAACAAGAUGCUCACCAAAAUCAGCAGCUAAAAGAAUUGUAACUAAGUAGAGAACCGGUGUAGAGAAGAUUAGGUUGGGGUGGGGAGGAGGCAGCCAGGACAUAUUAAAAUAGAAGUUGGUCAAAGCUUUACUUAAAAAAAAAAAAAAAGUCACGUCAUCCCUUUUUGAGUAUAUGGGGCAGAUUCCUUUCUACUUUAUUUAAAUGGUUUUUGAGUGGUAGCAUCCACUCCACACCAUUUCCAUCCAACAUCAUAGAGACAUUCUAAAGGAUUGGAUGACUCAAGGGAUUGGUAAUGAGACAGCUAGGUUGCUGGCUCCAAUCCAGCCCAGAUUGGUAAUGAUUGAAAAUCAUUAUCUUCUGAUGGCUGCUCAGUGGCCUAUGAGUAAUGAGUCUCAGUCCUGCGAGGCAUCCUCAGCAGAGAGGCUAAGGACUGAAUCACCUGGGAGACUGCUUUAUUGUACUCUCCAAAAUUGUUAUUCUGGCACAUUUCACGAACACUAAAUUUACACACAAUUUCUUUUAUUAUAACCCCUCUUUUCUUGUAUUAUUUUCCCAGCCCAAUACUAGUGCCUACAUUCUUAGGUAUGUGUUUAAAAUAGGAAAAAUAUUGCAUGACAGUAGAGAUUUCAACCGGGGUGAUGGGUGAAUUUCAAUAGGUCUGAAGGACAUAAAUAUGGCUGGUUUUCCAAGUCUCUCGAAUCUGCAAAAGUGGGCAGGGAAUAUUGCAUAAACAGCUUUUCUGAAGGCAAUUUCAGCAUUCCACCUCAAAGAACAGAAGUUUGUGUGUGGGGGUGGGGGGUGGGAAUCAAACAAAGAUAACCAAUCUACUAGUGAAGUUCCAGAGAUUCAGUUAUGGUUAGUUAUGAGUUUUUGAUGAAAGUUCCACUUCGCUGCUUUAUCCAAAAUGAUGCAUCCACUUUUAUGUUAAACUAAAGAUAGGCCCAGCCCAAGCCUCAAAUUCUGGGAAAAUUGAGAAUUCAAAAUCCAAACUCAUAUGCAGAUACAAUGUAAAUGGCCCCUUUCUUUACAAUGGGACAAGCCAAAAGGCCCCAGACUUUCAGGUGUUUAGAACACAGAUCUACAUUUUAUGGCUUGAGCCAAUGGUUAGUUUAAACCAGCAGAGAAGACAUUUUUAGGCUUUUUUGAGUUUUUAAUAGUAUUGAUCUGAUUUUUUAAUUUUCUCCUUUCCUCCAUCCCUAUGGCUUCAGCCAGCUCUUAGUUUUCCCUCUACUUUACUCACCUAUUGGCUGCAUUUCUGGGACCCUCUUGAGGGGGAAGAGGGGGGAGAGAGAGAGAGAGACAGACACACACACACACACACAUAUACAGGAGCUAGAAUUAGGAGGUAGUUAAGAAUUUUCAGAUUAUGCUUCUUUCUUAGCAGUUACAUUACACCCUUUUAGGCAGCUAGGAAUGGAACCAAGACUACCAUCAUGCAGAGUCACAGGCAAUUGGGUGGACCCACUAAUAGGAGUCUGAGCAGCUCUUUCCUUUGAUUAACAUCCCCCUUCUAUGCAAAUACUCUGAGCUUUAUUCUCCACUGCUUGGCAUCUUGUGUAGUCAUUUAAUUUACGCCUGUGCAAGGAGAAUGAAAAAUGGACAGAGAAUGCUAUCAUAGAGGUAGGCAAGUGGUGAUAUUCGAUUUGUUAGCACUUUGCACAAGUGUAAAUGACCACAUAAGGGGCAUCAUAGUGGACUAAGUCCUCUGCUUCCAGGUGAGCAGGAAACAGGAGUCCUAAAUCAGUUUUUAAACCAGGAAUGACUUAAAGAGACUCUGUCAAGUUCAUUUUCUUUCAAACAAUGUCACUAACACUCUCUCUGAUGACUGUCAUUGAAGGAAUUCAUACUCAAAUGUACUUUAAAGACCUAUAUGCUCUUCGUUUACUUUCUGAACUUCAUCGCAUUUGGGACAGUGAAAUUAGACUGUUGAAUGUGGAGUAAGUCUUCUUUUUGGUUCUCAUACGCUCACACGUUUUCAGUUGCAAACACUACAAUAGAAUCUUCAAAGCAUGGCUCUGGUCAGAAGAGCAACAAAUUGUUACCUUCUCAUUCAACAGAUCUUCUCAAAAUGUGUCAGUCAUAUUGCUAACUUUAGUGACAACAAUCAGUUUUUGCCUUUUUUUACUCCUGUUAGCAAUGCAGAGCCAACAUAGCUAUGGGAGAGUGAGCCAGAUUCUGUUCUGGCUCAUGCAUCAACACUUGUUAACUAUGGCAUUGAUCUUGCAAACAUGCAUGUGAUUAACUUAAUAUGUAUGAGAAAGUGUUGUCAGGUUCAGGACCUAAGUUUUUCCUGUAAUCUUUAAUAAUGUGAUAUCACAUGAGCCCAAAAGAACAGACCUUACCUUUACAUCCCAGGGAAAGAUUGCAGGCUUGGCAAUGGGUGUGUGUGGAGUGACAUUAUUUUACUUGUACACUGAGGAAAUUUGAUUUGAAGAUCAGUGAGAGAGAACAUGGGAUGUCACGAUGCUCUUUGGAUAGACUACAUUUUCAGAUUAAAAUUGCAGAUGAAAAUACACACACAAAAUUGACUUUUUAAAAGGCGAUGACCAUGUUUGUAGUAGGAAGUUUUGUCAACUAAAGAAAUAGUAAAUUAUUAUCUUACUUCUUGACAAUGUCCCUUGAAAAUGUGUCUUUCCUUUUAACAUUAGUUUAUGGAGAAGUAAUGAAAUCCCUUUUGAAAGAACACAUCAUGCUGAGCAAACGUGUCUUACUUGUUAAGGAGAGACCCUCUAUUAAAAGUAGCAAUGUUUAUUUGUGAAGAUUGAGGUUGGAGACUACUGCAAAUGACAGAUGACUGGACAAAAAAAUGGGGGCUAUUUUGUGAUUUGGGUAUUGUUUCUAUUUUGUUUUUAAUUAAGAGUGCUGUUGUUUUUCCUCUGUUUAAUGGGCUGAUUGUUAAGCCAAUUGUAACACAGUAUGACUACAGUCUAAUUUACUGCUUCUCAAGCUGUUGUAAUUUAUUAUUGGCUGUUCUGUAGAAGUUUCCUAUUUCUACAAUUUCUCAAAUGAGCCAGAAAAUGCCGAAGUGUUGAAAGGCGCAAAUGCAAAGUGAACCCAUAUCCACUGAUCUUUCAAGCAGGAAACAGGGUAAUUAAAAGCCUUCACUUGUAUUCUUACUGCCAAUUUUUCUUUUUUAAUGGUAUUCCCCCUCCCCUUUUUUUUGCACUUUCCCCCUAAAGAAGUUUCCUCAUUAGUUCAACAUCAUUGAUCGCGAUUCAUUGAAGUCACAAAUAAAGAGUUAGAGAUGCCCAUACUGCAAGAUUUGGAUCAGGAUCUAAACUUUUUCCAAGUUGGGGUGUUCAUAUCUAGCGGAUUGGUGCAAUCAUUACAGAAAAGGGGGUGGGGGGGAAGAGACCAUGAAGUUUCGAUCCAUAUCAAGAUAAACUUUCCCCAAAUUUGGGGAUGUUUGUAUGUGGGGUUUGGGUACAUAUAUACUCGGCACAUAUAUUGUACCAAAUUAUAUAUAACUGUAUGUAUUUUGACAUACAAGAAUAUGAAGGCCCACGCCUAUAGAUAAUAUAUAAGAACAAUAUAAAAAUAGAGAAAAUCACUGCUCUCUGUACUGAACUCUUACAUGUUCAUUUUCCUCCAGAUACCUCUGAUACUCUGUCUUUCAAUUAACAAGGGGCCGAAUCUUCAAGUCCUCAUUCAGUUUUUAUUUAGAAAGAUUUUUAAAGAUAUUUAGGUGCCUACCUCUGGGAAUUCAGCACCUAAAUACCUUUUAAAAUAUGGUCCUUUGUUCUUACCUUAGGUAAAGUCAAAGUGAAUUUUGCCUGAAUAACCUGUUCAGGAUUUGGCCCAGAGUGAACAGAUCCGUUUAACUGGUGUGAAUCACAGAUAUUUCACCAAAACACCUAGGCAUCCAAUAGAUGCAAUAGCAUUUAUAAGGGAAUAUGGAGCCUUUUACCAUUAGCAAUUAUAGCAAUUCAAAGCUGAUCAAAAGUAUUAUAGCAAUCUGGCUAUUUGGUUGCCUGAAUGAAAUUGGUUGACAAAGGUCUGUGCAAUCCUUAUCCUGCCAUGUAAGUGAUAAGUGGGUCAAAGCCAUAAAGUUCAGGGUGGUUGCCAUUGACUUCAUUGGAGACAGGAUUUCCCCCAGAUGUGGCUGUUCCCAAAUAUCAGGGGUAAUUGGACUUCAGCCUCUAGGGCUGUCACUCUGGAGUGACACUCAUUGUUAGCACUAAAUUUGAUAAGAAGGAGGUGGAGGGAUGCCAACUACGCUGUUCUAGGGCCCUAAUCAGUUUCCUUUACAUGUAAGGUAAAUUGUCUUACCCCUAUGAGAAGAAAUGGGAUUUUCCUGAAACAGUGACUGGCAUUUCCCUAGGAAACGUUGUGGAGAUUUUAUUCAAAUAUGGUCAGGCUAGAGCCUAAGUUGUAGCUGAGAUAGGCUCAGUCAAGUUGAAGGCUAGGCAUGGGGGGCAGGAAAUGGCGCUAAACACCUUAGUGUUUCCCCCAGUUCUUGGUCCAUUCAGGCUGUUUCCCCUGGCAACUAAGGAUCACCAGGGCAUAGGGAUGCCUAAACCAUGCCCCCUUCUCCUGGGAGCACCCCCUAUGACAUGGGUGGUGUCGAGCUUCUAUGCUUGCCCUGUGCCAUAUGGGGAAUCCUGCAAGGGCCAGGUAAGCCAGCUUUCCAGUUGUGAUGUGCCACUAGGGCAGUGCCAAACAGCUGGAGUCGAGUCAAGAAUCAGGCUCUUAAACUAUAACUGCCUCAUCAACUAGACUCAAAAAGUUUCCUGCAAAAUAAAUUACAGUACUGCAAUUCUUAGCUUUCAAGGGGGAAAGAUCCUAAAGAUUACGUAUGCAUAGACUUUCUAGUUCUUCUCUCUUUCUCUAAUGGCUCAAACUAUUUACAUAACUUUCAAGAGGGAAAAAAAGCAUUUGUAAAGAUAUAGAGGCUUUAUUUCAACAAUACUCCUUGACAGCUUGGUGUAGCUGACUUAUUUUCUUUGAAAAAGUAAAUCUAUAA